UUGUCGGGAUUGCGAUUCCCCCCGCCCCCCUACACCUUUCUACCAUGUCGAAGGAUCAUCAAGCAAUCACCAUCAACGAUGCGGUUCACAAGAUCCAGCUCUCGCUACUCAACAACGGCGUCACUUCCCGGAACCACCUCUUCUCGGCCGCGGCCUUGAUGUCUCAAUCGGACUACGAAGACGUCGUGACGGAGCGAACCAUCGCCAAGCUCUGCGGCUACCCUCUCUGCAGAUCGUCCCUCCCUUCCGACGUCUCGAGAAGAGGGAAGUAUCGCGUGUCCUUGAAGGAGCACAGGGUGUACGACGUCCGGGAGGCUCGGAAGUUCUGCUCGGCGGGGUGUCUCGUUAGCAGCCGAGCGUUCGCGAAGAGUCUUCAGGAGGUUCGUACCUCGGAGUUUGAUGCGGGGAAGCUUGGUGGGAUUCUUGGUUUGUUUGGGGAUGUGGAAGAGUCUCUGGGUGUGAAAGAGGGUUUGGGGUUGGAGAAGUUGAGUAUUCGUGAGAAUAGGGAUGUGAGAGGUGGAGAGGUGGUGGAUUUGGAGGAGUGGAUGGGUCCUUCUAGUGCUGUUGAAGGUUAUGUUCCUUUUGAUCGAAGCAAUUGCAAAUCCAAUGAUGGUAAAAAGGAUUCCAAGGCUAAGAGUAAAGAAAAGAAGCAGGAGGAUCCACCUUUUAAAGAGAUGGAUUUUACUAGCACAGUUAUUGUUCCUGAUGAGUGCAGUGUAAGCGGCAAUUACAACUCCAAACAAGAUUCCAAGGCUAAGAAUGAUCAAAAGAAUCAGGAGGACCCGCCUUUUAAAGAGAUGGGUUUCACUAGCGAAGUUAUCAUUCCUGAUGAGUGUAGUGUCUCCAAGCUUCCACCUCAGACCAAACAGCCUUCUCCUGUAGUGAAACCUGAGGAUAGCCAAGGGAAAACACCAAAAAAAUCGAGGUUUCGUCGUGAAAAAGAAAAGGAAAAGCUCGAUUUGGCGAGCUUUGGGUUUGAUGCAAUGGGUUGCGCGAGCUCAGUCACUGGGAGUGAUGGAUACAGCUUUGAAUAUAGCGUGUCUAAGCAGCCACCAUCUUCAACGGAAGACCCUCUUGGUGGCCAACUGAAAGAUGGUCUCAAGACUUUGGAUGAGAAGUGUUCUCUAACAGGCUCCUCUUCUGCGUCUAAAGGGAAGGGGUUUAAGCCUCCACCACGACGUAAACAAGCUUCUCUUGUAGGGGAAUCAAGUAAAGGGAAAACAGUUGUAACAGUCAUGGAGAAGGAUAUUAUAAGUUCUGUGGUUGAUGAGAUGGGUGUGAUGAGCGAUGGAUACAGUAUAGAAUAUAAUGUGUCUAAGCAGCCACCAUGUUCAAUAGAAGAUCCUAUAAGUUCUCACCUAGAAGGUUCUCAGACGUUAGGCAAGAAAAAUAGUCUACUAGGAUCAUCCUCUGGUGGUUCUAAUACAAAAGGUUUGGGAAAGAAAGUUAUAUCUGAUUCUUGUGAGGGACUUAAACCUCAUGAGGAUAUGUGUUCAUCAAGUAAAACCGUCACUAAAUCAUGCCUUAAAGUGUCUGGCUCUAAGAAACUUAGCCAUUCAGUUACUUGGGCUGAUCAGAGUGACGUCCGUGGUGAUCUUUGUGAGGUUAGAAGCAAUGGUAUGGAGUCACAUCCUAACCUGUCUUCUACUGAUACAGAGGAUGUCAAUAGUGUCUCACGCCUUGCAUUAGCAGAAGCCUGUGCCAAGGCAUUGAGCCAAGCUGCUGAAGCUGUUUCUUCAGGAGAUUUAGAUGCAAGUGAUGCUGCUGCAAAAGCUGGAAUCAUUGUGUUGCCAAGCACCCAUCAACUUGAUGGAGAGGUGUCUGAGGAGGGAAACGAGGAGGAAAUGAGUGAAGAGGAGGAGGAAGCAACGCUUCUGAAGUGGCCAAAUAAGCCUGGGAUGCCAGAUUCUGAUUUGUUUGACCGUGACCAGUCUUGGUUCGAUGAAACUCCAGAUGGAUUCAAUCUAACCCUAUCAACCUUUGCUAUGAUGUGGGAUGCACUGUUUGGAUGGGUAUCAUCCUCUUCUCUGGCGUACAUCUAUGGGAAGGAUGAGUCUGCUCAUGAGGAGUUCUUGACAGUUAACGGCAAAGAGUAUCCCAGGAGGAUAGUCCUGGGAGAAGGGCUUUCGUCAGAGAUCAAGGAGACAGUUGCUGGGUGUCUUGCAAGAGCUGUGCCUAGAGUUGCCACUGAUCUUAGGCUGCCAACACCUAUCUCCGAGCUGGAGAAGGGAUUGGGAGGCUUGUUGGAGACAAUGUCGUUGACAGGGGCGGUUCCGUCGUUUAGGUUAGAACAAUGGUUAGUGAUUGUGCUUCUGUUCCUGGACGCGUUGUCUGUGGCUCGCAUUCCUCGGAUUGCACCUUAUAUAUUGAACAGAAGCAAGGUGUUGGAAGGAAGUGGGAUUGGUAAUGAAGAGUAUGAGACAAUGAAGGAUAUUCUAUUACCGCUUGGUCGUGUUCCUCAAUUUGCUACACUAUGCGGGGCUUAGACGAAACUCGGUUUAGGGUUUUACUUGUGGAUUAAGAAAGCAACUUUGAGAAUAUGAAAAAAUCAUUGAGAAGUUGUCUUUUUGUUUAGUGACUGAUGGAUUGUUUAAUUGGAAGAGAAUGUGGUAAAAAAUCAGAAGUCAGGCUUGGCUA